CAAUCUUCUCCGGCACGGUUCUCGUCUAUAUUAUGCACCUCCAUCCCAGUGGUCGACUGAUCACAAAAAUCUUUGGCUGUACGAGUUCGCAUCCUAGCCGUUUCCACCAGCAGCUCUACCAUGUCCGCAUCAUCGUCGUCCGUAGGGCAGGAUGAGAUCUUGCCCCUGGUUCCUCGUACGGAGUGCGGCGGCCGAGUGUACUCCUGGAUUGCUCGAUCUGGAGUGAACGCUGGUCGUCGAAUGUACAAGUGUGUGAAUAAGGAGAUUUGUGGAUACAUGAGAUCAUCAGAUGAGUACCGUGCGCAGCUGAUCGGUAGCGAGCUUCUUGGAGAUCGUCAGGCUGUCCCCGUGCAUAUACAGCAGGCAGCUUACUUGCAUCGUCGAGCUGUAUCUGGCGAGCCAGGUGAGCAAUGGAGGCGCGGAGGGGAGGUUGCGUCAGAUGUCCGACUUGAGCAGCAGCCAUGGAAGGGGAAGGCUCGGGCAUCCCAGGGAGGUCAACUGUCGGUCCUGAAGGUGCUUGUUAUGUUUGGGCGCACUGCUGGUGAUCGCAGUGUUUAUGUUAGCGGCACUGUUCAAAAUAGUUUACUUAGUAGGUAAAAGAUUUGGUCAGUUGACCGGGGGAUUGCAAUUAUCUGUAUGGUGUGGUGUGUACCAGAACUAUGUAAUCAUGCAUGCGGCGAUUAAUAAAGAAUCUGUUUGUUGAUCCA